AUGGUAACAAUAAUGUUGCUAUUUUUCUUAUUAUUUUUUCCAACAGUCUUCUGUUAUACCGAUGAAUCAAUCAAUUUACUUCUUCGUUCAACAUCUUCGACAUCGAAUAUUCAUCGUUAUUGUAUUGAACUUGCUAAAUUACCAAAUAAUCGUACAAUAGAUAUAAAAAAUUUUAGUUGGUAUUCACCAUAUCUAUCAUCACCAUCUUUUAAUGCUUGUAAUAUAUCAAAUCUUAAUAAUUCUUUACCUGAAUUAUUACCAUCAAAUACAAUUCUUAUUAUUUAUGAACAUGAUUGUAAAAUGACUGAACAUGCAUGGAAUAUUGAAAAACGUUUUGGACAAAAAAUUUCUUUAAUGAUAAUAACAAAUCGAACAAAUGCUCGUUAUGAAUUAUCAUAUAAUACAACAACAAUGCCUGUUACAAUUCCAGUAUUAAUUUUUUUGACAAAUGAUUUUAUUAAAAUGAAUAAUAAAUAUGAAAAUUUAAGUAAUAUUGAAUUAUCAAUUGAUUAUCCAUUUAUGAUGACGAGAAAAUUUCGUCCAUCUAUAUUAUUAAUGUUUCUAUUAGUAUUAAUUAUUUUACUUUGUGGUAAUUUUUGGGCAGCUGAUGAAUUUAAAAAUAAAAUAAAAAAACAGAAUAUCGAUACAAAUCAUGAAUUAUCUAAUUUAAAUACAACAUCAUUUACAAAUGAUAGAGUAACAUCGAAAAUAUUAGUUAAACAAAAUUCUAUUGUACCAAAUGAAGCAUUAGAUAAUAAUGAACCAGCAGUGCUUCCUAUGACUUGUUGUGUUAUUAUAUUUAUUAUUUGUUUUGCUGUUGGUUGGCUUUUAUUACUUUAUUAUUUUCCAAAAGUGAUGAUAUAUAUAUUACAAGUUAUAUUUUGCAUUGGUGCAUUUUCAUCUUUAACAUCAUGUUUCGAUCGUUUAAGUUAUUUCGUACCAUAUAUUCGUCGGUAUUCAACACCAUCGCAUACAAUUCGUAAACCAUGUGUCUGUCAAUUAGGUUCAUUAAAUAUGUUUACAUUAUUUGCAAUGUCUAUAUCAUUAACACUUGUAAUUAUUUGGUAUGUAUAUCGUCAUACUGAUUGGGCUUGGAUUUUACAAAAUAUACUUGGCGCAGGAAUUUGUAUUACAGUUACGUCUGUUUAUCGACUUGGCAAUAUGCGUGCAAUUACAAUUAUCUUACUUGCAUUUUUUCUCUAUGAUAUAUUUUUUGUUUUUAUUACACCAUAUAUUCCAAUAUUUCAACAAUCAUCAAAUCCUUCAAACUCUAGUAGUACUACAACGGUAAGACCAUCAAUUGGAUCAUCAUCAUCAUCAUCAAAUACUUAUACAAUAUCUCGAAAACCAAUACGAAAUCCAUCUGUUAUGGAACAAGUUGCUUUAGGUAUUGGAACAAAUGGUGAAGUUGUACCACUUUUAUUUAUUUUACCUGCAUUUAUACCUGAAAAUGAAGUUGAUCCAUGUGCUACAAUACAAAAAUCAAUGCUCGGUUAUGGUGAUAUCAUUUUACCGGGUAUUUUAUUGACAUUUUGUAAAAUAUUUGAUAUAGCUAGUAAUAAUCGUUGGCCUAUUUAUUAUAUUCAAUCAAUAAUAUCUUAUUUUAUCGGUUUAUCUUUAACUCAUGUUGCACUUUAUUUAAUGAAUACAGCCCAACCAGCAUUACUUUAUCUUGUACCAUGUUUACUUUUAUCAACAAUUAUUACUGGUUUAUGUCGUCGAGAAUUAAAAGAACUUUAUACAGGUAAACGAAUACAAUUAUUACUUCAUGAAACUACACAAAAUCGUAGAUCAUCAUUACAUAAUGGUAUUGACAAUCCAAUUGGACAACAAAUAAAUGAUGAAACAUCCUUAAGUGAUACUGUUAUUGGUAUUAAUGAUAAAACUAAUGUUGAUCAUCAUUAA